GGGCAGGGUACAUUUGACAGCACAUAUCAAACGUUAGCUAAUGUGUUGCUAAGGAAUCACAAGCUGCACAAACAACGAUUUACACCAGAACUGCACUAUAACUCAGUUAAUUUCAUUAUGAAAAAGAAAAAAAAAAACACUAAGGGAGACGUGAAUUUCAAAGGAAAGCUCGAUGGGAAAUAAAUAUUUCAACUACAUUACCCACAAUUCCGUAACAACGUCUCCACGCAGGUCAACGUCAUUCACAACAAGGAAGUGAAUUCCCAUUGUAACUGAAAUGACUUGAAGUAAUCUUCUUAAAAGCGGGACAGGAGGUUUUGUAAAAGCACGCACUAAACUGUUACGUUGACCUCGUUUACGAGAACGAAGCGUCGGUCUCGCGGCUUCUCUGUAUUUAAAAUUGGUCGUUUACGAAGAUAAACGACCAAUUUGAUUGUGAAUUAGUAAAAUGGAAGUAGUUUGCUCUUCUCUUCCAGUAAUACACAUACAAGACAGUGUUUUCCUGUUCUAUGGUCGGAUUCACCUGACGUUACAUACAGGCCUGCCUAUGUGCUGACAUUCAAAAUGAGGAUGAUCACCUUCUUCCUAAUUGGACUGAUAGUCCAUGUAGUCUUCUUUAUCUCCAUCUUUGACAUUUACUUCACCUCUCCCCUGGUCCAUGGCAUGACACCCCAAACUACACCGCUGGCACCACCUGCCUCCAGACUCGUGUUGGUCAUUGCUGAUGGCCUUAGAGUCGACAGUUUCUUCACCCUACUGCCCAAUGGCUCAUCUCGGGCUCCAUACCUGAGGGGUGUGAUUGAGGAGAGGGGAACCUGGGGUGUGUCACACACACGUGUGCCCACUGAGUCUCGGCCUGGUCAUGUUGCUCUCAUUGCUGGCUUCUAUGAGGAUGUUAGUGCUGUAGCUAAAGGCUGGAAAGAGAAUCCUGUAGAGUUUGACUCUGUGUUCAAUGAGAGCAGGCACAGCUGGUGCUGGGGCAGCCCUGAUAUUCUGCCUAUGUUUGCCAAAGGUGCCAGUGGAGACCAUGUGCAUACCAACACAUACCCAGCACAGGAAGAGGACUUUGCCUCCACUGAUGCCUCCAGGCUCGACAGCUGGGUGUUUACUCAAGUCAAAUCAUUCUUUCAGUCAGCAAAGUCUAAUUCAAGUCUGAGGUCAAUUGUACUCCAGGAUAAGAACGUGUUCUUCCUUCAUCUGUUGGGCCUAGACACAAAUGGACACGCUCACAGACCAAUGUCACAGGAGUACCAAGACAACAUUGGUCUUGUGGACACUGGUGUUGCUGAGUUGGUGUCUAUAGUAGAAGAUUUCUUUGGUUACGAUGGAAGAACAGCCUAUGUGUUCACCUCUGAUCAUGGAAUGACAAACUGGGGUUCCCAUGGUGCAGGCCUCCCCUCUGAGACACUCACCCCUUUAGUGGCGUGGGGAGCUGGAAUUCAGAAAGCCGUCGGAGUCACUGCACCUCAACAGUAUGAUGAUGGAUACCUACAAGACUGGAAUCUGGAGCAUCUCCGUCGGGUUGAUGUCAGUCAGGCUGACAUUGCUCCCCUAAUGGCUUCUCUCAUUGGCGUGCCCUUUCCUGUUAACUCCGUUGGUGUGUUACCUCUUCCCUACCUCAACAAUACUGACCUGUUCAAGGCAGAGAGCAUGUACACUAAUGCUAUUCAAAUACUAGAGCAAUUUAAGAUAAAAAUGGCCCAGAAAAAGGAGACAACAUUGUCUUUUCUCUUCACCCCAUACCAAAAACUCACUGAGUCAAAACAAACAGAGUUCAUCCUCAAGGCCAGGAUGCUGAUUCAGCUGGAGAAGUUUGAUGAUGCUAUCUCUCUGUGCCAGUCUCUGAUAUCCCACUCCCUGGAGGGCCUGGUUUACUACCAUACCUAUGACAGGUUCUUCCUGGGCUGCAGUGUGGUGCUGGGAUUUGUAGGCUGGACCUCAUAUGUUGUCUUAGUCAUACUUAAGACUCAUGCUAACCUUAUCAGACAUCCCAGUCUGCUUAACAAGAUGCCCUGCCGCACUCUGGAGAAGCUGUGUAUGUGUGUGACCGUGGUGAUCACUGGGUUCCUGCUCAUCCAAAGGAGCCCUGUUACCUAUUAUAUUUAUUGCCUGCUGCCUGUCCCUGUAUGGUACUCUGUCCUAAAAGAGUCUGGUAUUCUGAUGGAUUUGAUUCAGUCUGCGCCCUCUCUUCCUCUGUGGAAAUGUUUUGGCUAUUUUGUGCUGGUGGCAUUUGGAAUUGAGUUACUGGUGGUGAGUUUCUUCCAUCGCGCCAUUCUGACUGUGGGCUUGGCUGUCCUGUCUCUCUGGCCAUUUCUCUCAGGACUUUUUGGCAAAGCUAAGUUCCGCUCAGUGAGUUGGUUUCUCGCCUGUCUGUUUUUGGCUUUUUUCCCUUUGAUGCCUGUUGUGGGCAGAGAGCCUAACAUACAUCUGGUUACUUGCGCAGGUUUACUCGCUGUCUUCACAUCAGUGUGUUACCUCUGGUCAUCACGACAGAGAACUCCACUGCACCUCGGUGACAGACAGCAGUUCAUUACACAGAUGCUCCAUGUGGCAGUGUGUGCAUACAUGCCAUCCUUCACUCACUCCAGUCUGCAGCAAAAACAGGGCCUGCCACUUUUUAAUCAGAUCAUCAGCUGGAUCACAUUAGGAUCUUCUAUGUUGGUUCCGUUGUUGAGCUCUACUCGUCUUUUCCAUCGACUCCUCAGCAUAUUCCUCUCUUUCACAGCCACAUACCUGCUGUUGAGCACUGGAUCAGAGGCCUUGUUCCUGCCUGUGUUAUCUUGGUUGAUGUUUGUGUGGAUCAACAUUGAACAGGAAGCUAUGCUUGCACAGGGUGUCUCUGUCAGAGAAGAGCUCUCCAUUAUUGAUUUCUCUGCUAACAUCGACAUUGCCAAGAUCCGACAGCUGAAGUUGGAUGACAUCAGAAGAUCUUAUUUUUUUGUAUUUUUUAUAAUAACUGCAUUUUUUGGUACAGGAAACAUUGCUUCAAUUAACAGCUUUGACCCAGCAUCAGUUUACUGUUUCCUGACUGUCUUUAACCCCUUCAUCAUGGGAGGGCUGAUGAUGUGGAAGGUUCUCAUUCCAUUCAUUAUUGUAAUGUGCACAUUUGAGACCAUCCAAGUCGUAACACAGCUCUCAUCCAGAAGUUUGUUCCUCAUCGUGCUGGUCAUCUCAGACUUAAUGGCUCUGCAUUUUUUCUUCCUGGUGCAGGACUACGGCAGCUGGUUGGACAUUGGUACAAGCAUUAGCCACUACGUAAUAGUGAUGUCCAUGACCAUUUUUUUGAUGCUCCUCAGUGUCGUCACCCACAUUCUGACCUCAAAAAGACUUAUCCUGUGGAGGAAACCCAAGUUGCACUUCCCCUGAAUGUGCUUAUCUACAUUUGUACCAAUAUGAUCUAAUUUGGUUUUUUUUUCUAACACUAUUUCCUGUCAUUUUGUUUUAAUAUCAUGGGUUUACAUAUAAGGGAUACGGUUAUAGGAGUAGGUAUACUACAUUGUACUAUGCAAAACUCUAACACCACAGAUUUUGGAAAGUCCUUCCAAAAGUCGAUGUUUGACAAAGUUAACACAUGACUUCAUGAGACAGUGAAGGGACAAGUAUACAACAGAUAGUAAGUUUGACUUUCUCGUGUCAGUGUUUGUGUUCAAUGUUUUUAAGUGAUUUGUAGGAAACCAACUCUUACUGUUUAAAUUGGCAAUUAUGUGACAUUUUCCAGAGUAGCCAAAGAUAUUUGCUCAGUACUGUUUGCUCUGUAUUCUUUUGUACACCCAGUCUGUGUCCCAAGCACAUUGUUUUUGCAUUAAUCAUUGAUGAACUGACUGAGGCCACUUGAAUAUUUGACUAUGAAUUAUGUCUUUGCCAGGAGUGCUGAUUUAUGAUCCACCACGGCAGGAUAUACUUGAUAACACUAAGUGUGUAACUAGUUCCUGCAAAGCUGCUUAACUAUGUCCUUGUGUGUAAGAAAAUGGGAUGUUAUUUAAAUAUGUUUGUGACCGUGUACUCUAGAAGACUGGAGAUGGGGACUAAGAACAGCAAAUGUAAAUAAAGUGAUAUUUAGCAUAAAA